AUGGACAAAGACACAAGAAUUCUUAUUAUCGGAGCCGGCUGCUUCGGCACUUCGACCGCAUAUCAUCUCGCACAGCGUGGCUACACUUCUAUUCGUGUCUUGGACCGAUAUCCCCCGCCCUCGUGUGAAGCUGCCGCGACGGAUAUCAGCAAGGUCAUUCGCAGCGAUUACAAUGAGCCCUUGUACGCCAGACUCGGUAUUGAGUCCAUUGCUGCGUGGCGGUCUUGGCCCUUGUUCAGUGGGCUCUAUCAUAUUCCUGGAUGGAUUCUAAGUGCCGCUAAUUUGUCGAAGCCCUUCGUUGAGGGAUCUAUUGAGACGUGCCAAAAGCUUGGAGUGAAAGGCAUCGAACGACUUACUCCCGAGAAGAUUCGGUCUCGCUUCCCUGUGGUUACCGGCAAACUUGAUGGAUGGAAUAUCAGCGUCUGGAAUCCGACGGCUGGGUGGGCAGCUGCUGGCCAGGCUCUGGAGCGAAUGGCCAAUGCUACAAAGGAGAAAGGUGUCCAGUAUAUUUCCGGAGAAACAGAAGGAUAUGUGCGGCAAUUGUUAUUCGACGAGUCAACCGAUCAAUGCAAAGGUGUUCUCACUGCGGACGGUACCAAACACGAGGCCGAUUUGGUGAUUCUCGCUGCUGGGGCAUGGACGCCGUCUCUACUAGAUAUGCAGGGCCAAUUGACUGCCAAGGGCCAUGCUGUUGCGCAUAUCCAGCUCACUCCUGCUGAGACAAAGCACUAUUCCUCUUUACCAAUCAUGGACAACCUUGAGCUUGGCUACUUCUUCCCUCCGCAAGAAGACGGGAUCUUCAAGAUGGCUCAUAGUCAGUUCAUUACCAACACACGAACUGACAAAAACUCGAACAUCACCACUUCCAUCCCACAUACCUUUGUUCAAGCACCAAAAGACGGCCUCCCGCUUGAAAUUGAAGCCCAGAUGCGUCGUAACUUACGACGGGUCUUACCCGAGCUGGCGGAUAGACCGUUCUGUUACACUCGUCUGUGCUGGGACGCUGACACAGCUGACCGACAUUUCCUCGUCGCUCCCCAUCCGAGCCAUAGAGGACUAUUCCUCGCUACGGGCGGCUCAGCUCAUGGAUUUAAAUUCCUCCCAGUCAUUGGAAAGUACGUGGCAGACUUGCUUGAGGGAACGCUGGAUCGAGAUAUUGUGAGCAAGUGGCAGUGGCGCGCUGGGCAGAAGGUUGAGGCCAAGAAUCUAGCACACAUGGACCCUGAGCUAGAAUUGAAAGAUCUUACGGGUUGGAGAGGACGACAGGCUCGUGAAAGAAGUCAGGCUUCUAGACUAUGA